AUGGCCGUGAAUGGAAGUAGGAUAGUAACUAUCUCUCCAUGCGCACCCGCUGCCCCUCCUCCUCCACCCGCGGCCCUCCCGUGCGCGCACUUGCCGUCACCUCGCGUUUCCAGCAUUCGCUUCUGUAGGGAACACCUCGGUAGCGCUGGCGGCGCCGGCGGCGGCAGGGACUGUAGAAACCGCAGCCGAUCGAGCCGCAGACGCGCCGCGAUCGUCGCUGGAGCCGCUGCGAAUCGGGUGGGCGGGCAGGGCGGCGGUGAAAGCUUCGAAGACAGGAGCAAUGCCGAUGAGCGGCUUAGCGCAGACCGAGAGAAUGCGGACCGAGGCGGCGCGGGCGGAGGCAAUGCGGAGCGCCUGGAGGAUCUAGAGGCCGUGGAUCGCCUCGCGCAAGAGCUGGCCGCCGCCGCAGGAGCAGCGGGAGCAGCGGGAGCGAAGUCGGAAACCUUCGACAGGCGCAGCGCGGCGCAUGAGGCGGAAAAAGCGGAAGCGGAGGCGGAGGAGCAACAAGGGCGGAGGAGCGCGCGGGGGGAGGGGGAUGAUGCGGCGGCAGCGUGGAUCGGGUCGAGUGUGGCAUUCGCGGAGGAGGACGAGCAGGGGCGCAAGUACCUCGAGGUGCUGGUUACCAGCGUGCACCGCGUUGACCACGGUACAGUACGGAGUGCAAUGUGUCUCCGUCUCCUCGCCCCUCUCGAGGCACCCAACCUUCAUUCCCCUUGCCUCUCUGCUCCGCCAUCCUCCUCCAUAGCUCCCCCGUCCCUCCCGGGACCCUCCUCCGUUCCUCCCUUCUCCGUCUACUCGUGCAACAGGCAUGGUGGUGGGAGUGUUGUGUUCACCGGCCAACAUGGGACCGCCGGUGUACACAUGCCGAGAGUUACCUCUCUUCCUCAAAACCUUCCACAUUCUCUCGCCUCCCCUCCCUUUCCCCUGGUGUGCGCCAGGCAUGGUGUUGGGGGUGCUGUGUUCACCAGCCAACAGGGGAACGCCAGUGGACGUGUGUCGGGAGUUCCCUCUCUUUCUCAACGGCCUCAUCGCCACUCUUUCCUCGCCCCUCCCCCACCGCCCUUCCCCUCCAACCCCCUGUUUCCUCAUUCGACAGGCAUGGUGGUGGGGGUGCUGUGUUCGCCGGCCAACAGGGGACCGCCAGUGGACGCGUGUCGGGAGUUCCCGCUCUUUCUCAACGACCUCAUCGCCGCGCCCUGCCACGACGCCAUGCAACGCGGGGGGCUUCCCAAUGCGUUGGAGGGGCUAGAGAGGCUGAGCGACAUGGACUUGCAGCGAACGCUGGUGCAUGCUAUUAGCGAGGAUAUAGGGGCAGUAUCGUUUGUGCUUCUGGAUGAAAAGACUGGGGAGUUCUCACGAGUUGACUCCUCCUUCCCCCAGGCGAUGGCGCUGGCGCUGCGGUACAGGCAGCCGCUGCGAGUGGAGCGGUGGUGCAUCCUGGCUUCUAACCGCGACUUCAUCGAACGCAUGCUGCUCAACCCCAUCGCACGAGAGGCAGAGAACGACGCAUCACUGCUGGCAGACCUGGCGCGGCGCAUGCGGGAGCUGGAGAUGAGGCCGCAGGAGCUCAAGACCCAGCUCGACGCUGCUAUCAAUGCUGAAGAGUACGAGAGAGCAGCGCAGCUGAAGGCGGCGCUGGUGGCAGAGGAGAGAGUGGCGGACGCACGCCUCUUCUCCCUGCUCGCAGAGGUCAAGCGCCUCUACCUCGACCGCCUCUCCGUCUUCUUCAAGCUCUAG